UCCAAAUCUGAAGAGGGAAACGAACUUAUCACCAUCAGAUAAUAAUUUGAUUAGAUAAAUGAUUCAAGUGAACUGUGUUUUAUAGAGCAUAAUAGAUAACUUUUAAACUUAUUUAUGUGUUUUUUGUAAGUAGGUUAAAUAAAAUGAUUCCUGAAAAUAUACAUUUGUUUUUGGUCUUUUCUUUCUUUUGCGGCUUAGGCCACAGUGAUAAUUCUUCCGAGAACUACACGACCCUAAGCCCCGAUCGGAGUUAUUGCUUUGAAUACACUUGGUUCGGACCGGAUUACAAUAACGUCACGGGUUAUAACGGAACAUGCGGCGAUUAUCUUGACGACACCAGGGCCGGCGAACACAUACCGUGUAUUCCACCAAUUGUAAUUUCAAACGAUUCAACUUUACCAGAUGUAGAUUACUUGUGGGCGAAUCACAGAUCCAGUGUCCUCUGCAUAAGGUCCGAAAGUCAGGCCUGCGUAAUGUAUACGUACUACUACAACGGAAAAAUAAAUAAUCAAACGCACAUGUGCGCCAAAGUUCAGCAAGAAGGUAAAGGUUCUAUCAGUAGCGGAUGUUUCACUCAAUUGGAUCGCGGUUACGAAAUCGAACUGUGCGUGUGUCAGAGCACUCCCGGAUUGCACAAGCCUUGUAAUAAAGCUUCCUAUUUUGAUUUAUACUUCAGUUUAUUGCUGGCGAGUUUUGCUGCCUCAGGACUGAAUUGGAUAUUGUCGUAUCGUUAAAAUUGUUUUCGUCUAAUUCCUUAGGUUAAUAUUUUUUUAUUAUACACUCAAUAUAUUAAACUAAUUUGCCACUAUUUUUAUUUUGACCUGAGCUUCUUCGGCAUUAGAUUUCAAUCCAAUUCAUUUCGGUUUUAUUUCACCUACGGGGUUUUACAAAGUAUAGUAAUUCAUUUACGAACCCUUCCAAAUUAGAUAAGGGGCUGCAUCCGGAGGAAUAAAUAAGUUUUCCUCUGAAAGGCCCUCGGUUGCUGCUGUGGGGAUCGCAGAGUAUAUUUUUUAUUUUUUAUAAAACGCCCCUCCUGGGAGUUGAAUGUUUUAAUGGAUGGGAAAAGGCUAUGAAUAAUAAAAGUGCCGGGCACAAUUUUGUUGUUUUUAUGCUCGUGGCGCGUAGCAUAAAAAUUCAUGGAAAAUUGUGCAUUAUUAUACCAAUUAUAUUAAAAAAGUUCACGUUUAAUAUGCGUGUCUGAUAC